ACAAAAUUAAUCAAUAAUUAAACAUUUCACCUAUAUUUUUUUUUUUUUUUAUAAUUUUCAGAGUUCUGUACAAGUGAUGCUCCAGUGAUUGUCCAUACUUCACAAGCAGUAUCUUUUAUCAAUGGAACUCCCGCUAAAAUCUUCAAGUGUACCUCGAAUGCCGUUCAAAUCAGCGGGAAUGGAGAGGUGACCUGUAACCUCGGAACUCUUCUAUGGUCUACGCCAAAUAUAGUUUGCAUGGACUUGACAUUUUAUAACUCAAUGGGAUAUACACAUUUGUGUGGAACGCAAUCAGUCCUUAAGUUGGUUAAAACAAUGACAUUAUAUGAUCAAGCAGACAUGCUCUGUCGAAAUGAGGGAGCCAACCUUGCUCGACCCAGAACAUCUUCACGUUGGAAAUGCAUGGCAGAUUAUGUUGAACCAAGAGCUACCGGUGUACACGUUUGGAUGGAUAUCACAGACAAGAACGCGGAAGGGACAUUCGUUUUCUCAGACAAUACUCCUGUUCCACUUCCCCACUACUGGUUGCCAAAUGAACCUUACCCGCCGUCAGCUCCAGGCGCGGACUGCGUCGGAAUAUGGCCAAGCUGGAAACAAUGGGAUGAUCUACCUUGCAGCAAUGGUGCAUAUUACCUAUGUGAAAUUGAGUUUUGAUCGUGUCCUGAUUUUACGAGAAACGUUCGUUUUAAUGAAAUUUGUGAAGUUUGGAAAAGAAAAAUAUCCCGAAUGUCACAAGGAUUCAAAAUGUAUAUAUCUAGGUAAAUCAUAUAUUUAAUGUAUAGUUAUCUUAUACGUAUUUCUAAGUACAUGUGCACGUGCUCCAAAGUCUACUGUCAGUAUCCCGUUUGCUCAUUAUUCGUUACUGUCCGUACGUUGAUGUGUAUUCCCAUACUAUAAACUAUGUUACUUGUUCGGUUGUGUCCGUGUUUAUCCGUAUUUAGCAGUGUUACCUUACUACUUACACAUGCAUCAGUCUAUUGACCCGCGACAUAGUUGGUUCAAGUGUCUAACGGCCCAUCAACAAGGUUAUUAGGGCCAAAUAAGUGAUUAACAAAUAUGAGCAAAAUAGGCAGGUGACGAAAUGACAAAAAAAAAACAUGUAAAUAUGUAUUUUGUACACCCACGAUAAUUUUAAAAUAAACAACACUAUCUUUUGUUACUCAAAUCUUGUGAUACAGACUAAUUAUUUUCAGAUAGUUCAAGUUUUGUGUAUACUUAGAGACUCAAACAGAAUCUUCAGACUUACCAUUCUGUUGUAAAAACUCUCUCUUGCAUGUUGUAGAUCAGUGUAAUCCAAUAUAACGGUAUAUGGUUCAUUGCACACGAUGCACUGGGGUUGGUACUCACGCUUCAAUAAGUAGGGAUGCGUUAUAAAGGUAUGGCCAAUCCUAAGACGGGCAAAACAACCUCGUCUCGUCAAUUGUCUCUGUAGCAAGGCGACCAUUUGCUAUUUCCUUUGAUUGACAUAUCCACACUACAACCAGUUUGUGAAGGUAAAUGUUUUAUACUAUGUAUAGAAUAUAUGUGAUUUUUGCGACAUCUAAUUCAUGAUUUAGGAACAAUAGUACUUAUUAUAUGUCGGUGGUAAAUUUUAUGUUUUGUCUAU